GCUGUAGUCAGAGAAAGGGACUGCAGCGGUGCAGCCCUUUAUCUCUGGCUGUAGUAGCAAGUAGAAACUACAGAGGUUUAAAUUUUUCUCCACCAGAAGGCUAUGUUUUCGUCUCGUAGCAGGCGGCAUAAUCGAAUGCGAAUGUUAUUCGUAACUUAUUGCAGCAGAGUAAAUUCUCCAACGGAUUCAUCAUUAUCGAAACAUCAUUAUAGGUUUGUCAAAUCUAAGAUUUUUCACACAAAUGUCGACUAAAGAUAAGCAACAGCUUGCUGCCAAAGAAGCCGCGUUGGCUGCCUUUAAACGUGAGGCUCUUUCCAUUGAAAAAAUAUCUCGGGAUGUAAAAGACCAGCUUAACAGAUUGAAAGUUGAAGAACUAGAUAUCAUGAAUAGACUGAGGGAAAAAGAAGUCAAGAAUGCUCUUAAUUCAGCCUCUGUGGACUUGCUUACAUCUCAUUCUGCCAUAUUGACUGAACAUCCUUCUGGAAUUGAAUUACAAGCUGAUCAAGUUAACAAAACACAUCUUGAUCUCAGCAUGGCCCCCAAUUCAGCACUGAUGAAUAACUCUAACCCCGGAGACAGCUCAGAUGAUGAUCAUCUAUUCUGAUUGCUAUCUCAUUGUAAUAAAGCAAAUGUAAUGUAUUAGCUUACUUCUAAAACAUUUGCUUUUCAAAAGGCUAAACAAAAAAACAAAAACAAAAACAUGGAUAGGGUGACUAAAUCCAAAUAUCACUGCACUUGUAAUGUAAAUCUUUCAGAAGAGACCGACUCAGCUUUUGUAGUUCCAUUGAGAAUAAGCUCACAUCUUUAAAUAACUCCAACCAUCUUGUAAGGAAAAUGAACAUGUAGGAAACAUUGUACAUGAAAUACCCUUGUUGUACCUUUGUGCUGCCUUUUCUCCUUUAAAAAUUCUGGUCUCAACACUCACAUUCCAUACAUAGUUAAAAAAGAAAGAAAUCUGAAAAAAAUAAAUAUAUAUAAUAUUAAAGGAAA